AUGGCGUUGUCUGUCUUCAUUAGCCGAGUCAGUAAUAAUGGAUUAAAAUAUCACCAUACUAGAUGUAAAAGUUGUAACCAAGGUGAUACAGCGGGAGGGAGAGGAGAGAAAGAUACAAAAAAUAAUACAGAGUUUCGACGGUCGACGAGAACAUCACCAUUAGGUAUUACUGUCAGUGGUGAAGCGGAGGAUAUCAAACCGAGGAUAGUAGACGAUAACCGACUGAGAGAUUUAGCUAUAAUUGCUACUGGACCGUCCAGUCCGUUACUACAGAAUAUUUCAUUUACAGACAGACUCGAGUCAGAAAGAUGUAGUCGAACUGUAAAACGAGCUCUUGAUCUAUCGUCGAAGUCGAAAGUUGAACAUAAACCUGGGUAA